AUGCUCAGCAACGAUAAUGGUGGAGCCGAAAACGCUAAAACAACCAAUACCAAAGACAACUCAAUCGCGAGGUUUACGGCGGCCGAACAUAUUACAAUAAGCGCAGAGGCGUCAGACGUUCGCAAAAGGACGGCACGCGAACACGACGACCGGCGGACAGGUAUGAGCCAACUGCUCGGAACGGAACGACGGCUUAGCACAACAAUUGACGAGUCGUCCGCGGUGUCCGUUGGUUCUGCCGGGACACUGCACACGGUGGCGACUGGCGGCAAACGGAAGCGACGUUGCGUGAAUUUUAUUGUUGUGCUAAGCCCAAGAAACAAACAAGACGUAUUAUGUACAGCAGUACGAGUACUCCCGGCGACCAAAAAAAGCAACAUAAUAUUAUAA